GAUCCAUUCUUCAAGAUGCUCAACCGAUCACUGUCCACGUUCAUGAAUGCUUUUACAGGUAUGAUAGGCUACACAGUCACUGAAUAAAAUAAUUUGAUUGUGGACUUUAAGUGUAGUUAAAGUGUACACUGCAAUUCAUUACCAUCUACAGUAAUUCACCUUGAAUUGAUCUCAUUGCAGUUAUGAAAAGAGCCCUGAAAACUAGGCCCAGGGGCCCGUUUCUCGAAAGUCGCGAUAAUUAACGGGCCCGGUAAGCUGUCUCCGUUUACAGUAAAGAUCGAGGUUUCAAUAGUUUUGCAUCUAACAUGAUCAAACUGUCAGUUAAUGAAACUGAAUGGAGUAGUUUGCUAGCCAGGACCCGCGCUCUUAUUCUUUAUAUUUCGAUUUGAAUAUUUGAUUUCGGGCCCGUAAAGUUACCAGGACUUUCGAGAAACGGGCCCCAGGUCUUUAAAAGAUGGUUGCAAACUAACUUUAACCCCUUAUUAAAAAAUAAUUUUUUAAUAAGGGGUUGAAGAACUGCGCAUUGUCUCAUAGAGUUUUCACAGGAAACUGUUGAUUGACACUACAUCUAUCAAGCCAUUUUCUGGGCACUUUAAUACAAAAUGCAAGUGAAAUGUCCUUCAAGCUACUUAUAUUCUUAAGAUUGUUUUGUGCCCUUUUUAUUGAAAACUUUCAUGUUGGUUUCAAUCUUUUAACAGCCAGUGAUUUCACAAUGUAUCCUUUCUCAACACAAAAUGCAAAGGACUUUGAAAACUUGCUGUCUGUUUAUCUGGAUGCAGCUUUCUUUCCUCAUCUCAGAGAACAAGAUUUUAGGUCAGUUUGCUGAAAGUGUUGUUGUUAUACCGGUAAUAAUAGCCAGGUUUUCACUUAUGGUUUGUUCUCCUUGUUUGUUCUGUUCUCAUGGUAUUAAUAAACCUGUAUUGAACAUACACCUCUGUUAAUAAUUCAAGCAUACAAUGUACACUAAUGCACUGGGUAUGAUGAGUGCUUACACAGUAUAAGGAAUGCUGUCUUUCUAUACUUUUAAUAACUGCAUCACCAUAUGGAGGAUGAGUGACUAAGGCCUCUGUGAGCUUCCUUUUUUGGCAGCCAGGUCUUUAUACGUAUAAAACUGAGGGGGAAGAUCUGUUCCCAUGGCUGGCAAAUCCUUUCAACCUAGACAUAACACCCUCCCCUCCCCAUGUCACUUGUAGCAGGAAAAAUAACACCUGUCACACUAAUAAAGGAGAGAGACAGCUGUAGAAGGGGAUUGUAGGAGAGGGGGCAGGGCUUGCUUACAUGAUUACUUGUUCUCUAUUGUUUGGUCCUAAAGCACAUGGAAUGUUAAUACUACUGACCCCAAAGAAAAUGCAGGAGCUCCUUUUUUGUUAAGUAUUGCACUCAGUCUCAAGGCACAGUUAAACUGACCAUGCUAAAUUUCACUCUUCCCUCAUGGUAACCCUGCAUGUAAAUUAACCUCUAGGAAGAUUGCUCUCCCUUCCCAGAGACAUAAUUCCAUUUAAUCAGCAGAAAGUGCCACUUUGAAUUCUGGGAUUUAAAACACCCUGUCACCUACAUGUACAUGUAGUUGUAAGAUCAUUAUGAAAAGUUGAGUAAUAAUAAUUGAUGAAUUUUGAUCCAGGCAGGAAGGUUGGCGUUUAGAACCAGAAGAUCUGUCUGACCCAAACUCACCGAUAAUUUUCAAAGGAGUGGUGUUCAAUGAAAUGAAGGGUGCCAUGGUAAGCAGAUGAUGAUCCAGAUAUCUUGACCUUAACCAGGGCAUUCAUGUACAAGUUUUGUAAGCGUAGCAUAAGCUAGCAAAGAGGAUGAAAUAACCAACAUAAACACUUGAAAACAAAGCGCAGCGUUUUUUUUUUUGUUCGCAUUGGACAGUUAUAACCUUGGCUAAUAUUGACAUUAACCAAGCUUGCUCAGCUUCUUAAAGACUGUCAUUUAUACAAAGUGUGGAUUAUUCAAACAGAUUUUGCUUGAAAGCUGUCAGAAAUCUUCGAUAGAUCUUUACUGCAAAAAAUAAUGGUAGUGAAGUUGUAAAAUUCCUCGCUGCACUGUAUCAUUAAGGUAAUCUGUUUGUUGUAUAAUCUCUACCCACUUGUAACCACUCUGUGGUAGUAGCCAACUCGAAAGCUUGGCUCCUUUGGCUGCUACACACUUUUUCCCUUGUUAUGUUUAAUUCAAUGUUUAGUUAGCUCUGUUUUUACUUCUUUUUUUUUCUUUCUUUUUGUUGUUGUACUGUAAUUGAAUAAGUGAGAAUAAAUGAACUUGAACUUGAACUUGUAAUGUGCAGAAAAAAUCAAGUCACUUAAGGAACAUUUUGGGAUUAAAUUUUACUACUUAAGAGAGUGGGUACCAAUAAUAAUGUUAUAUUAAUUAUUCUGUCUAUCUGUAGAGCACCCCAGAGUCACUCUUUUCUUACCACGCACAGAGGAACUUGUUACCGAGCCACACAUAUGGCAACAAUAGCGGAGGAGACCCUCUUUGCAUUCCUGACCUCACAGUAAGUAAGACUUUUAACUUCUACCUCAAAGCUAAAUAUCUUAAUAAUGCCUAGAUAAUUACUGUAUAACUUUCUACAGGAAUGAGUUAUGAUGUGUAUGAAAUAAAGUAUAGUGUGUGUGUGUCGUUAUUGUACUUAGUUUAUAGUACAUAUUAGUGGUUGGUAGUGCGUGUAGAGUCUUAGGUUUCGUUUGUAGUUUCACAUUUUCUCCUGUCGAACCACACCUCUAGUCUGUACUGAAUAACUAUGCUAAUUUCUUACUUUACUACUUCCGCAUAUAUUGCAUCGUAAGCCAGUUCCCAGGAGACUACGACACCACAGUGCGGUAAAAACGGAGUCUGUGUGUUGUUGUCUCAACAGGACUGCCUGCAUCCAGUAAUCACCUUGUUCUUUCUUUUUUCUAUAAUUUAAUGAAAUAGCGUUUCUGUUCGCCAGGAUAAUUGGUCGGUCGAAAGUCCAUAAAAACCACGAGAAAAAUAAACAAAACAUCAACAAUUUAAUUUCAUCUUGCUUGCUCCAAAAAUGUGAUGAGCUGGCAGAAAAGCAAAAACCUCGUGCUCGCUAGAACAAAACUGCGCAUGCACUUGAAAUAUGUCACAGGACAACCACUAGAAUAUUCUCCAGAACAUCCUCCCCUUUCUUGAUAUGAAAAUAUCAACAAAACUUAGGCAAAAUAAAUUUGUUCUGAAAGAUAUGAAAUGUUCAAAAGCAUUUGUCUUAAUAAUGUCACUUAAAGUUCAACAUUGCUCUAAUGGGCAAAGUUUCACAAUUGGUCUCCGUAGCACAGUCUUUCCAACUUGAACAUCAACAACACGCACUUUGCUGUCUUUUCCAGGGAACACCCUUACAAUCCUUCCUAAAGGCCAUUUUCCUCUUGGUGUAUCCGGGGACAUGACAAUGACAACGUCUCCUACUUUUAGGUCAACUUGCUCCCUGCGCCACUUUUUCCGUACACUCAGACUGGGAAUCCAUUCAUGCAACCAUCUAUGCCAAAAAUGACGUACAAGUUCCUGGACGCGACGCCAUCUCUUUCUUGGAUUGAAUACUUCAGUGUCAACACUAUCGGGUGCAAAUCUGCCUCCUAACUGACCAUGUAAAAAAUGAUUAGGAGUCAAAGGGGUCAGGUCAGUUGGGCUGCUUGACUGGUAAGUUAGUGGCCUGGAGUUAAUUAACCCCUCUGCUCCUACAACUGCACUUAAAAGUUCCUCAUCGGUGAUGUCUGCAGAGCUAAGGAUGGCAUAAAUAGCUUUCUUCGCAGCUUUGAUCAUAACUUCAUGUACACCACUGAAGUGUGGGGCAAGAGGGGGGUUAAAAUGCCACUUGAUUCCAUAACUUGUCGUAGCAUCCUGAAUCUUCUUGUGGUCCAAGGCUUCCAAUUCUUUUAGCUCGUUACUUCCACCAACGAAAUUAGUGCCAUUGUCACAUACAACGUCUUUGGGCUGGCCACGUCGGGACACCAUACGGAAGAAUGCAUUUAGAAAUGAGUCGGUGUCCAGGCUGAAAGCUACUUCGAGAUGAACAGCUCGUGUUGCAAGACAGGUGAAUAGGCAAAGGUAUCUCUUCUGACGCGCCUUUCCUCUUCCUUGCUUAGUAAUGAAUGGACCACCAAAGUCGACAGAAGUUUGGCUGAAAGCUCGCAACGACAUCCGGGUUCUCAGUUCUGGUAACGGAGCCAUAAUCUGUUUGGCUGGGCUAGCCUUUCUUCUUCUACACUGCAUGCAUUCUUUCUCCCACUCUUUAAUCACCUCUCUUGCUGAAAUUAUCCAAUAGUGGGUUGAAAGUUCUGAUAACACUUGAUUGGUUCCCCCAUGAUGGCUCUGCUCAUGCUGAUGCUUGACUAUGAGUCUUGUCACCCAGUGAUUGCGCGGGAGUAUGAUUGGAUAACGACUCUCCCAUGGUAAGAAUUCUGCAUAGCGAAGUCGUCCAUCACAUCGGAGAAUUCCAUCUUCGUCGAUAAUAGGUUUCAGGGGCUGCAAUUUACUUCCACUUGGCAGUUCUUUUCCAGUUUGUACUGCUCGCACUUCUUCUUUAAAUACUUCCUGCUGAGCUUGCCGGAUAAUUCUUGUUCCCGCGGAGGAAACUUCAUCAGGUUGUAUUGUGUCUUCUCUACGAACAGCAACUGGCGAACGGCAGUUCUCUAGGAAACGGUUUACCCAAGCUGCGAUUCUUGUGAGUUUAGUCCAACUUGAGUAUCUUUGUGGGUUCAGCCGGUCUUCGUUGGGAAGUGAAAGGAAUGAUUGUUCUUUUAUUUGUUCUUUUGCCUGGCAUAUUUGCCGGAGUUCAACAUCGGCUUCUUUCUCUCUUUCAGUUCUUGUUGGCGGCCACUGGGUGUGGUCGUACUUAAGGAACAACGGUCCUUUCCACCAUCUUUCUUCCUCACUGAGAGCUGAGACACUAAGGCCUCUUGUUAGCAGAUCAGCUGGAUUCUGUUUUGUUGGAACAUGCCUCCACUGUUCUGGAUUUGUCAAGGCUUGGAUUUCCCUUACACGAUUUGCCACAAAUGGUUUGAACUUCCUGCUCUGUCCCCGAAUCCAGUACAAUACAUCCAUGCUGUCAGACCAAAAGGUCCACUCUUCUUUCUUGAUGCCAAGUGCCUGGCCAACGGCUUGAUUCAGCUUGAGUCCUACAACAGCAGCCAUUAACUCGAGUCGAGGUAUGCUGAUAGCUUGCAAAGGUGCAACACGUGAUCUGGACGCAGCAAGGCGACAGCUAACAGUUCCAUCCUCAUAGAGGUAUCGAGUGUAAGUAACUGCACCAUAUGCUUCUUGAGAAGCAUCCACAAAGGUGUGUAAGGCUACUUCCUUUACUGCUUUAGUAGUUCUUAAACAUCAGGGAAUCUGAAUAUUGACUAGUGCUGAGAGUUCUUUGAACCACCUCGAAGCCUUCAUUGACAGGUUCUCGUUCACCGGCUCGUCCCAGUCCACGCCGCUUGCCCACAUCUCUUGGAGUAGAACCUUAGCACGCACUGUAUAUGGGGAUAACAAGCCAAGAGGGUCAAACAAGGUUGCUAUCUUCUUUAGAAAGCUGCGUUUGGAGUGUUCAUGCUUCUCGGCGGGCUGAUUAACUUGAAAUUUAAAUACAUCUUCCAUAGGGCACCAUAGGACUCCCAAGGUUUUGACGGGUGGUAGUUCACCUCGAUCAAGAUCAACUUCUGAAGCACAGUCUGAAGAGGGAAUAAACUGCAGCACUUCAGGCACAUUUGACAACCACUUUCUAGCAUACAUUCCGGCAGACUUCCAUAACUGUGACAGCUGACUGUACAAUUCUACUGCGGUUUUCACAUCAGGUACUGAGUCCAUGCUAUCAUCCAUGUAUGUACUCUUUAACACUGUUUCAGCUGCUAAGGGAAAUACAGACUGGUGUUUCCUGGCAUGUUCUUGCGCCACGAACUGUGCUUGAAAAGGAGAUGAAUUCACACCAAAUACAACACGGUCAAACUCAAACACAUCAGGCUCUCUGUCUGUCUCUAGGUUCCGCCACAAAAAACGGUGAUAAGGCUGAUCUUCAGGUUUCAACUUGAUUUGUAGAUACAUUUCUUUGAUAUCGCACAUCAAAGCCACAGGGUCACGGCGAAAACGGAGUAACACUGCAAAUAAGUCACUCUGAAGUUUAGGUCCCUGAAGCACAAUGUCAUUUAAGGACAAGUCAUUAAAUUUUGCAGAGGCAUCAAAGACUAUACGGGUCUUGGUUGUUGAUUUAUCUGGCCUCAGCACAGGGAAAUGGGGUAAGUACCAGACUUGAUCAGGCUUAACUUCAUCACGAGAAACUCUAUGAAUGUAUCCUUUGUCUUGAUAGGACUGAACCACUGCUUUGUAAGCUUCACCAAGUUCCGGGGACCGCUUCAAUUUCUUCUCAGUGCAGUGCAGACGAUGCAAAGCCAUGCUGUAGUUGUCAGAUAAUAAAGGUCUGUCUUUUUUCCACGGCAUCCCAACUGAGUAGUGACCGUCAGCGAAUGUUAAGGACCUUGAAACUGUGUCUCUUGCGAACUUCUCUUCUGGAUUGACAAUCAGAGUUUCCUUAGGUUCUUCUAUGUCCCAGUAGCGGCGAACAAGACUGUUCAGCUCGUGUGAAUCAUUCAGAAAAAAGGUGAAGCUUGUCUGAGUUCUUUCUACCGGCACCUCAGGAUUACCAAUGCAAGUCCACCCAAGCGGAGUAAGCCUAGCUAUGGGUUCUCCAGGCUCUCCUCUCACAUCUCUCAAUGAGUACAGCAAGUCAGCUUGGUCCACACCAAUUAGUAGGUCUACUAUAGGUCUGGGUCCCACUUGAGGGAAUUUUAUGCCCUCUAGGUGCUUCCAUUUGUGUUUGUAUUUGCUCCAGUCCACCACUUGCAUGUUUCCUGUGACUCUUUCAGUUGUAUAGGCAGACGCUAGUUUGGACACUUUUCCUUCACAACUGCUGAUCAUGAAUUCUACAACUGUGGUGUCCAAAAUUUGCUGGUUAUCAUUCAGUACAUUAACUGUAAGUUCGUGUGGUCUGCCUUCGAGACCCAGUUCAGCCGCAGUGUCACUGUUUAAGUACGUCUUACUGCUGGCAUCAUCAAGUAGAGCGUUCACCUUCAGUCUUCGUUUACCAUUGGUCACAUAGACAGGAACAGUUCUUAAGGCUACAAACUCUGAAGAGGGUACAGUUCCUUUUCCAGUAGUAGCUGUAUGGGUUCUCUCACUUGACUCCCCUUCAAUGGUGGCAUUGGCUCCGGCUGCAUUUGAUCCAUCUGCUGCUUCGGCUUUCUCUUCUUUCUUUGGGUCUUCGUGAAGCAAACGAUGGUGAUGAGAGCGACACCCUUUUAUCCCACAGACCCUACUCCUGAGGCAUGCGUCUCCUCUGUGGCCGUCACUGAGACAUCUAAAACACAGUUUCUGCUCUUUAGCAAUGUUCCACCUUUCAUUUACUGUCAUCUUCUUAAAACUCUCACAGGUCCACAGGCUGUGGGACUCCUUGCAUACUUUACACUUUCUUGAAUGUUUCUUCUUAGGGUCAAAAUCUUCUUUGGCAAACAGUGCUCUCUCCUUCUUGGAUCCACUUAGAACACCUGCUAUUGUCUCAGAAGCUGUGGUUAAAACUCAGACUCUCUAUCAAUAAACUCCCUUAGUGUCUUUACACCCUCCGUUCUAUGAUUGUCACAGACCCACUGUUUGUACUUGGCCAGAAGAUUCUUGUUAAACUUGCGUUGCAGUGAGAUGUAAAGAGAGCCACUACCAAGCUCUGCUUCCUGAUUAGCAUCUGUAAGGUUCACUACUACUGCAUCCAGUAACUCAGCAAAAAGCUCAAGAUCCUUUUCAUUCCCCUCUCUUAUCUGCUUAAAGGCAUCCAGUUCUUCAAGUCGUAAUGUAAGUGCCCUGCGUUUUCCGCCAUACUUCCGUUCGAGUCGAGACUUGGCUGCUUCAUAGGCUGCCGCAGAGUGUCCCAGAUUUUCAAUAACUUUAAGGGCCUCUCCUUGCAAGCACUCAUGCAGCCGUAGCAAUUUGUAUUGCGGUGAGGCUCUUGCCUGGUCAACGCAUGAAUAGAAGGCUGCUUUCCAAGCUUCAUAAUUUUUCUUGUUGCCUGCAAACCUGGGAAUACUCACUCGUUUCAGAGCUGCCAUGGAGUCGAUACUGAUCUGGUCAUAACUAGAACUAAAUGGCUGACCAGCAAUAGGCGUUGAAAACUGUACUUGGCUACCACAUGACGAAGGCUGCAAAGGAGUAUGACCUUGGGCUGCCGGUGCAUGUAACUGAUUCGAAGAAAACGCUGAAGGACGUAUUGUAGAAGACCCAACAAGUGUGGUCUGGGUUGAGUUCACACGGGAAUUCAAUGGCGGCUGCUGAAGGGGUUGGUCCCCCACUGGAGGAGAACAAGACAUUGACGACUGGGAAACAAUUGGAGUCGAUGAAUGAACAAAACUACUCGAGGGAUAAAAAGCAGCUGCUCCACUAAAGUUAACAGAGGUUGAUGUGUUUAAAUCUGAGACGGAUGAAGCACAUUGCUGGAAUGGUGUUGUCAACUGAAUUCUCGGAUCACUAUUUUGUUCCUGUUCUUCUGAUCUCUUCACACUAGCAUUUACAUUGUCCUGAACUCUAGCUGACUCACCUCCCUGAAAUGGUUCCUUUCGUUGCUGUUCUGUAGACAACGAUUGCUGCUCAAGUUGUUUCUUCCGUUCGGCGAACGUUUUCUCCAGGUCAUGUAACACUUUCGUGAUCUCUUGUUCUCGCAUUUUAAUUUCUUGUUCCAGUCGUUCGGAUUGUUCUUUAAUGGGAGACUGUCCCGUGGGUGUUGUUCCGGAAACGCUCAAGGCACCGCUCUGACUGGGGCUGCUAUUCAAACAUCCUCUAACAAUUCGUUCGAUCUCGUUGAAAUCUUCCUCCACAGCUUCUAGUUCAAGCGCUACGGCGGUAAGUCUCGAUGAGUCGCCAACAGUCUCAUAAUGUGCUUCUAAACUCUCGACUGCACGAACUACAUCCUCAAAAGCGGCAGAAAGAAGAUCCAAACGUUCCAUCACCUGCAUUUUCGAAUACAUUCCUCCCUCUAAAGUCAUCAUCAAUUUUGUUUUGGUUCUUGUAUAGGCGCCUUUGUACUUCGCUUUGUCCUUUCUCAAUCGUUCGGCCAUCUCGUGUUCGUUCAGUGUUCGGUUACAAAUCCUGGUAAAUUACGUCAAAUCCACUCAAAGAAGAACCUCGCUCUGCUACCAGAUGUUCGCCAGGAUAAUUGGUCGGUCGAAAGUCCAUAAAAACCACGAGAAAAAUAAACAAAACAUCAACAAUUUAAUUUCAUCUUGCUUGCUCCAAAAAUGUGAUGAGCUGGCAGAAAAGCAAAAACCUCGUGCUCGCUAGAACAAAACUGCGCAUGCACUUGAAAUAUGUCACAGGACAACCACUAGAAUAUUCUCCAGAACAGUUUCUGAUUUUUCUUGUGACUCCACCACUUGACAGUCGUGAAAACUAGAUCGAUUGUGGGUAUUGCAGCAGGGGCAGACAAGCUAUACUAAUCACAGUUCUCACAAUGCAUGCAUGGUGAAAAGCAUUGUGAUUCGUUCAUUCCUCCACUCCUGCUUCAGAUUCUGAUAGUCUCGCUUCACAGGCAAAAGAAGAAGUCAUAAGUUGUUGGAAGGAAACUAAAAUCUUGUGAACCAUGUCUCCGUCCAGCUGUAAUCAUUAAUUUAUUUUCAAAAGCACUCAAACAGCUUUGUUUACAUUUAUGACUCCCACUCUGUUGCUAGAAAAACCAGCCUAAAGUCAGCUGUUAGUGCUUACUAGAUACACCCAAGUGUCCUAGCAACGCGGUGACUCACUGACUUACCUUAACUGUACGUGUGGUUGGUGCUAAUUCCUCUUACAGUUUUAGUUUACCUGUCGGACUAUUAUGAUUGCACUGCUUUUUUGUCAGAUACAUGUAUGAUUAUAAGUACCUUUUGGAUCAAUUCCCUAACUGUUACACGUUCCUCUUUAUCAUCAGUGGCAGCAGUUGAAAGAUUUCCAUGCUUCACAUUAUCAUCCCAGUAAUUCCAGGUGGGUUUUUUCGAAAGAAUAUUAAAUAUAAAUGUCUUACUAAAAUAGUCCUGGUAUUACGAAAGAUUGCGGAGUGCGGGCAACUACGAUCGAAGGUCAAAACGCUCUUGCACGAACGCUUUUUCACUUGAUAUAUGUGCAUUCCAUUCAUUCUUAGUGGAAGUCCAAAAAAUCUGAAAAAAAGCUGGCUACACGUGUGUCGAGCACGCGCAAUUACAACCUGGAGAAUAGGAUUGCGGGCUCCUCUCUUCGCCCGCAAUUACGAGAUGGAUGCCGCAAUUCGUUACUUGCAUGGUUUAUUUGUGUAUUAAAGAUGGAGUGACCUGUUCCAGCCGUUCAGAAAAAUGACUGCGACACGAAGUCAGAGGGCGGGAAAAAUUUUUCUGCUCACAUCUCUAUGCGCCGUCCCCACGAUCUGAACGCCUGGAAGACUUUGACAUUUGCAUUAUUUAGAUUAUAGAUAACUUUUGAAAAUUUUUCUCAGGUUCUACACGUAUGGAGAUCUUCCAUUGGAGAGUCAUCUAGAGAGUAUUGAGAAUAAAGUAUUGCGUCACUUUGACAAGAUUUCUGUAACAACAGACAUUCCUCAUGAGCCCCGCUGGACAGAACUAGUAAGUUAUAUUAGUAGAAGUAAAUGACAAUAUUAAUAUUUUGAGACUUCUGAAAUGAGAAGGCUAGCAUUAAGUUAACUUCAAGAUCAGAUGCCAGUCAACUUAAUAACAGGUCUACAUUCUAAGACGAGGACUACUUAUUGGUACAGUAGUUCCCGCCAGCGUCAUUAUGGCGGGAAAACACGAUAGCCGUCAUCAUUGUACUACAGGUUAAGCGAAUAUCGCAGUGACGGAAAUAAGUUAUCAAAUGUUAGAAGUUUUUUAAUUUUGCGAUCGGGAGAGGGGUUUACCUACUCCAAUAAUCAUGUUGACUUUUCUGGUGAGUAAAAAGUACAGUAACACUUUCCGGGAUGUCUUCUUUUAGAAUACGCCAAAAAUACUUUAAGUCAAAUAUUGUUCGUGGUCGCCCGCGUCCUCGAAUGUAAAGAGAAACUUUUUCAGCUUACUCAAGACCCUUCGUCACCCGAUGGUUUAUAGCUUUCUCGGUUCCUAUCUACCAAGAAGCAAUGUUUAUCAACUCAGUCUUCUUGAGAAGUUGUCCUAUCUUCAUACUUAUUGUUGUUGUUGUUGUAUAUAGCGAGAAAAACACGUCACCUGUCCUUUUGAUCCAAUGGCUGCAAACCCUGAGAAACAAACCGCAGUUGGAUUACAUUACCUAACUGGAAGGUAUGUUUGUGAUUUUAAAAAAGAUGAAUAGUUUUUACGUGCAUAUUUAUUCACACGGUGAUAUUAUUCACUCACUCUACAGAUUUACAAAAUACAGUCCCGUAAUCGACCACCCAAGAUGCGAAGACUUUGUGUUCGCUUACAGGAGGCGAUCGUUUACGAGAAUUGAACGGGAAUUACACGGGAUCUCUUCGGGGAAUAGUUCCCGACAAAUCUACUUAUAGGCACAGAUUUUAUUGCGUGCAUUUUGUAGGUUACGUAGUUCCAUGUUGUCUCUCACUCUUAACUUGAGCGAACAAAGGGAGCAUACCAUGACUCAAGUGGUCGCUUACAAGAGGUUCAAAACAAUGGAAAACUAUAAAGAGUGGUCGAGGUCGCUUAUGAGAGUUUGUCGUUUACGAGAGGUUUUAUUAGAGGGUUUUGACUGGGAAAAUUUGGUGUUUUGGAGAGGUGGUCGCUCAUGGGAGGUGGUUGCUCACAAGACGUAAUCGCACAUGGUGGUUCAACUGUAUAAGAUGAAAUGCUGAUUACUAUCAUGGACCCACUCACACUUAAACACUAUGUACAUGUGUAUGCAUUUGUCAGCCUGAGCAAAAGCUGGCACCACUAAUAAGCAGAAAGUCUGUCAUACUGUACAAAAGAUUGUAAAACCCCUAAAUGCGUCCAAACAGGAAUCAUGAACGUUUACAAAGUAGUUAAUCCACUGUAAUUGUAAAUUUUGAAUAUUUAUUAUCUUUUUCUUCAACAGCACCACAGAUUCGUUUGAAGCCCUGACCAUGGUCAUCCUAUCAUCUCUGUUAACUAGUGGUCCAAAUUCACCUUUCUACCAGUCUUUAAUUGCACCUAACAUUGGCUCUGGUUACUGUGCAGGAGUUGGGUAAGAGUUUUUGCCUCUUUCAUUGACUUCAUCAACAUUUAGGUUUUGUUAGCACUAAAAAAAACACUCGCUCCCUAGUGGAAUCAUGUGUGGUAGAGUGAAACCCCGUUAAUAAAUUCACCGUUCAGUGCGCUAAGAAACUUCAGACAGUCAUAUUAACCGUAUGGUUGCAUUAACUGUGGACAACAUGGACAAGAAUAGAAAAGAAUAUUCGUUAUUAUUUUUAUCGAUGUAAAUGGUUAAUUUUACAAUCUUGUAGAGUUAAACAUGCUAAAAAAAAUUAUUAAACUUAGUGAAAAUAAUGUGCAACUGGGAAGCUGAAUGAACUAGUUGGUUAUCUUGUUAGCUCCCUGAACAAUUUUGGUUCUAGGUAGCAGGUAAAUGAUCAAUUAAAAAAACUGGGGCAAGCUCUUGCUUUGAAAGGCUGACCGGCUCCAAAGUAUUAUAUACAGCCAUAGUCGGCAAUUCUAGCGUCGCUGGUGGGAGGGCUGGAAAACGUAUAUGCUAAUCUGGAACUUGUUACUCCACUUUGUAAUAACACCAUUUUGGAGGUGGGCUGGAGAAAAUUGGUUGUGUCUAGUGAAUAGCAUGGUUUUCGGUUUUUACCUGUACUCUUGAUGAGAUAAUUCAAAUUCAUGGAGACGCCUGUGAAAAGUUUUUACUAAAGCCGGCCAUUAACUUGUUAUUUUCUUUUGCUUGAUCCAUGUCGUGAAGGUAUGAUAACUCAACGAAAGAUGCGUCUUACACAAUUGGACUUCAGGGAAUCAAUAAAGAAGACUAUCCAAUGGUGGUGGAAACUAUUCGCAACACUUUUGACAAGGUUAUUGAGUAAGUUAAGCUAUAGUACAGUUAGAGGUCAAUUAUGAUGAUGUUACCCCACCCCUUCGCACUUGCGGUCAAUAAAUCCCUGCGGUUUUCAUUAGGCGCUUGACGCGAGGGUUUGUGAACAGGCUAACAUGUACCAGUUUGUAUAUAGCCCGGUUCUGAUGUAAACCGAUCAUUUAAUUUUUUGAUUCCUCCUGAAUUUCAAGUUAACUACCUUAUACAGUGUACAAAGCAAGCGCGAGCAUACACAGGCACAAGAAAAUUUAACAGCCAACUUGCUGUGGUUUGAAUUUUAAUGUGCUUUCAAAGAAUAAUCACGUUAUUGCUCGAUUGUUGCAGGGAAGGUUUUCCGUCGGAGAGGAUAGAAGCAGCUUUACACAGCAUUGAAUUAGCUACCAAACACCAGAGCAGUAAUUUUGGUCUUGGACUUAUUAUGGUAAAUGUUCGAACACAUUUGUCUGUCUUUACUGGGUGAUUGUUUUCAGAUAUCAGUGGAGUUAGAAAGGAGUCAGUGGGUGGGGUCGAAGGGGCUUUAUAGGGUACGUCAACCGGAAGUGACGCGUUUUCACUUUUAAAAUCUCUUGACGCUGCAAAAUUUGUAAUGCUUAGUUUGUCUUGCUCUUAUAGAGACGAUGUGCCAAAAAUGUAGGCGAACUACUGUCGAAUAUUGCAAAGUGUCCACUUCCGGUUAACGUGCACUACUCAAAAACGUCUUUGUUCACCGUAAUGAGAAGCGGAUGUGACCAGGGAUACACUUUCUAAAAGUCCUUUAUUUUUUUUGCUGGUUGGUUAUGCCAUUUUAAAGGACUUUUCAUACCUGUUUGGCGCAAAAUUCUACCGGUGACGUCAUGACAAUUGACCAAUACGACAGUGAGUGACAUUUCACGCCGCUCCCGACACAGCAUAUGUCAAUAAUUUUUUCCCACGUGUAUUUAUAAUACGAUUCAUAUCCAUUCAGGCGAAACAGGUCGACCUCAAGACAUCGUCGCUCGCUCGUUCGCUUCGCGACCUGAUGCAUUGAAGCUCGCUUCGCUCACUUUUAGGACUUAUAAGGAGUCGACUUGUAGCACGUCUAGAACUGGGAGUGAAGGCAGGGAACUAUAAGUAGGAAAUAAAAACUGCCACACAAUGGGAGAUGGAAGUGCGAGUACCAAAGAAAUAACCUCGUCCCCAUGACUUUCUCAUUUUUUCAGGGUAAACCGGAAAAGCUUUGGGGACGAAGUUGCCAAAAACAUCAGUUUUGUUUCCAACAGGUUUACCCUAGGAGUGUAGAUCAAACGUUUUAUCAGUGAGAAAAACCCAGGAGGAAAACGGCGAUCGUUUUCAUUGGAGACAUAACAUGCGUUUGUGCUUCCAUACCCUUGUUUUAAUUAGUUACUUUGUACUUUGUACUCUGGACGGUAAUAAUUAUCGUACGUAGCAGACAUAGUUUAGUGAAAAUAGAACAUCCGUUUUUCUUCAGGGAAUCAUGUCUAUGUGGAAUCAUGAUGCCGAUCCCGCAGAUUUUCUUCCCAUUAAUGACCGUGUGGAGAUGUUCAAGGUAAAUAACACCAAGAAUUCUCUGCCGUUGAAGGUGGACGGCACGUAAUCAACCCUGCGUGUCUUCCACCAUAAAGCACCAGGCAGUAUAUCUACUCCCUUCCCCGUGGAUAUGACACAACAACAACACCGGCCCCUCCAAAUACAGUCCAACUCCAAUAAUACGGUCACUCAGGGGGCCAUAGAAAGUGUCCUUAUUAACGGGGUGUCCGUAUUAAGCGGCUUGAAUUUAGAGAAAAUGUAAGGUCUUUCUUUCCCCAGGGGCAAAGCAAACUUUCCGUGAUAAUGAGGUGUCCGUAAAGCAGGGUUUGACUGUACUGUCCAACCCCGUUAAUACGGUACACAGAAGGGGCCACAGAAACUGUCUGUACUAACGGGGUGUCCGUAUUAAGCGGGUUGAAUUUAGAGAAAAUGUAAGGGCUUUCUUUGAGGUGUCUGUAUUUAGUGAGUAUGCGUAAAGCGGGCUUUGACUGUACCUCAUUAUUGUUAGGACGCUGUAUUGCAGUUGCUAGGCUGCGCGAUUUCAAGCAAUUUCAGCACCUUUAAACAAAUGGUUUCAGAUUUGAUUUGUCCAAGGGCGCGUUUGAUUGAUUGUACCGCGGAAUAAGAAUAUGCCAAAAAGUUAUCUACAAAUCUCUUGCGCUGAGAGUUUUGAACUAGUUGAACGUUAAAUAUCUCGCAAUAUAUUAUUUCAAGCGGAUUUCUAGAUGUUAAAAUGCAAUGAAUUAAAAAACAAGUGAUUUCUAGAGUUAAUUGCAUUUAUUCUUAUAUCGAAAUCCAGUCAAUUGAUCACGCCCUGAGAUACCAAAUGACCCUUGGAACUGAGCAGUAACAAAAAUCUGGACAGGGAAAUAUUGGAGCAGAUUAAGCCAUUAAACUACCUCCUGUUCAUCCACUACUUUCUCAUAGACCAUAAUCGCCUUGUUUACCCCCCAGAAUUUUGCAUAACUAUUGUUUCCAAUUACUCCUGGGUAUUACAGUCGUCCCAAGGGAAAUCCAAGACAAUGGUUAUGCAAAGUUUUGGGGGGCUAAACACGGUGCACUACGGUCUAUGACAUGUGAAAAUGGUGAAUUAACAAACAUACAAAUAAGGUCUGUUUCAAGCUUACAAGAUGUAAUUGAUAAAAGUAAACAAAAGCUAAAGCCCCUUUCACACCAAAGCUGAAACAUUUUUAAAAACUGUUUAGUUAAACAAGGUUUAAAGUUGUUUUCUUUAUAGAAGCUGUCUGCUUUUAUUUUUAUCAAUUGCAAAAUGUGUGCACUUAUGCAACUUGUUAACGUUCAUUUAAAUUCUCUGUAAAAGCCUGUGUUCUAGUUUUCUUUUACUGGUUUAAUUUUUUUAUGCUCAGUUUGAUUUUGGUGUGAAUGGGCAUACGACGUACUGCGAGGUCUUGAAAAACGUUCACUGUCUUACUUUGCUUCUGCUUUCAGAAAAAACUUGAACAUGGAUCGUUUCUUCAAGACAAAGUGAAGGAGUGUUUCAAGGAUAAUCCCCAUUGUCUAACACUAGUGAUGAACCCUGAUGUAUGUAUGCUUAAAAUGUUUGUGCUAUGCCUAAGAAUGGCAACAUAAGAAUCAAAAUUCGACACUAAGAAGUUAUAUUGUAGGACAACGAAAUAAAAAUGUUUAUGGUAAAAUAAGAUGUAAAUUUUUAAUAACGAUAUGUAGGUUCUUAUAAUGAUUUGCGCCGUCAUCGGCAGUUGACAAAAUGAACACUUCUCCUUUUUUCUGUUUCAACAGCCAGAGUAUGAGAAAGAUCUAAACAGAAAAGAGCAAGAAAAGUUACAUAGCAAAGUGAGCAUUCUUUCUGAGGAAGACAAAACUAUGAUUUAUAACAAAGGUACGAGGGCUUGCAGUGGUGAUUGCUUAGCCUGUUCCAUUAGCUCAUCUAUCAAUCUGAUUCUAGUUUAACACCUUUUUAUUAAUAUUUACAGUGGAACCACGCAAUGCGACCACCGUAGGAGCAUAAAAUCCUUUUUCGAAUAAAGAGGUGGUCGGAUCUAACGGGGUCUUCUAAGUAAAUUGGCUCAGAGAUUUUUACGUUUAGGUCGAUUCGAAAGAAUAUUGUUGUUAAUAACGAGGUGUUUACAGAAACGGGCUGAUUGUAAGGCGAGGUUCCACGCGCGGUACGUUGUGUCUUUCAGAAGAGCGUUUUGAUCUUACACUUGUUUAAUUGAAACACUUCUAGGGAUUCAAUUGGCGGAACAACAAAAUGCAUCAGAGGAUUUGUCCUGUCUUCCUAGGAUGACGAUUGAAGGUGGGUAUCGUUAUCUUUGCACGUACAUAUUUUGGUAUGAUUUAAUAAAUAAAACACGCGCAACAGUUAACAUUUACUGUUACUUCUUCUUUUAUACUCUUUCCAUUGGUGGUUUUUAAAUAGAACAGUGGUUGGUGUUUUGUUAGCGUGACCUACAUCCAUGAACAAAAGUCUUUUGGACAAUAAUUCCUUCAUAAAGCAGUGUCAUCUUUCAAUAAAUGCCUUGCCUUCCGGUUUGCCCUUCUCCACCCUAGACAAUGUUGAAUCGUGGGAGCAAUUGCGAAUACACUAGACUGCAAAACAAUCGGAUUUUUUCUCAAAAUCAGUAAAGAAAUCGAUAAAACGUGGCGUAAGAGUCUUACGCGCGUGAAGCUCGCGAGCCUCACACGCCCGUAGCGUCUCUCCCCAGUCUCGCUCUCUGUUCUUAGCCUCGUUCCAGACCUUUCGUUUGACUGCUCGCCAUUUGAACAUGCAGAAAUACGGACUGUGUUGCAGUCUACGAAUGCACAGGUCAACGUUGUAUGUGGGGUGGACAAGGGGCUGGGCAUGAGUACCUUUCAAACGGACUACAAAUGCAAAUUUGUCGUAAGACGUUGGUCUAUCAUUGUAGUCUUCCCAACAUAAGCCUAUCUAAUGUAUGGGUUAAGUUCAUAAAAAGGUCGACGUCUAGCUCAGUUAAGUUCGUCUGAAUGAGCCUUAAGCGUCCAACACGUUGUAUCCGUCCGCUUCGGACGGAGAGAACGUCUGAAGAUCGUCUCACAUGCGACAAAUUAAACUAAUAAAUUAAUUAAAAAUUGUAUGAUAAUGUACAUGCAUCCUCGUUUGGGAGAAAAUUAUCACUGAUCUCAUUUAGUUGAUUGGUUCGACGUGUCCUAACUGACCCAACUCAAUUUAGGUCGACCCAAAUUAGAGUUUGGUUCGUCUCAUGAAAAGUUCGAGGUUUGGCCUAGUGUCCUUAUCCAUGGCCUAGUUUAAUGGUUCCAAAUGAAUAUUCUUUCCUUGAGCAAAGCCUUAAGCGUUUAACUGCAAUGUCAACUCUUUUUUCUUUCGUUCUUUUCACCUGUAUAUAGAUAUUGAUCCCCUCAUCAAGCCCGUUACAUUGGAGCACUACAUCUCUGGUAUGUUAUAUAAAUACAGUCUAACCGCUAUUAAGCGGACACCCUCUAUGUAGCGGCCACUAACUAGAUUUCCUGUGGAGAAAACAUGUCCUAUCCCCCAGGGUGACGCUUUGCCUAGUCCCUAGGCCUUAUUAUUCUGCGCGGACAAUGCGUUUCAGGUCACGUGGUCCGAGCGAAGAAGUGAGGCGUUUCCCGCGCGUUCGCCUUGGAUACGUCACCGAGAAGGUGCAUUGACCGAGAAGGCCUGGGAAAACGACGCUUAAAAGGACGAAACGAAUGACUGUCUUGGUGACCAUUGAAAACUGUCCGAAAAAGUCCCUUGAUGAGAUAAGUCAUUGAAAGUGAGAGCAGGUCUAAGGGUCGAUAAGGGAACACGGAGACGUAGCAAAGAAUGUUAAUUGCUAGUUUCUCCCUUACGAAGUAACGUGCUUACGAAGAAUCUAGUGCGAUGGUGAUCUUGAUUUUGCGGUUAAAGCUAAAGAUCUUUAACGUUAUCCAGGAUCUUUAAAAAGCCAGUUAUCCAUCCAGAGUUAUACAGAAAGUGUAAAUGUUACUCUCAUUUCUCCUGCACGAAGCAAAAUGCUUAAAUAAACGUCUUGUGAACGUGAUCUUAUGCUUAAUCUUUAAACGUUGUCCAGGAUCUUGAAAAAGCCAGUUAUCCAUCGAGAACUAUAUAUCAAGUAAACACUUCACCUAUACAGUUUUGAGAUUUUGAAGAAAAAUUGUACAAACCUUGCCUUGUGUAUUUUUCCAACAGCUGGUGUUCCUGUGCAGUAUUGUGAACAGCCCACCAAUGGUAUAAGCUACUUUCGGGCAAUCUCUAGUAUCACGGAUAUACCUGAGGAGCUCAGGGAAUAUUUGCCUCUCUUCUGCUACAUCCUUACAAAGUACGAUAUCAUAAGCUUUGCAGCCGUGUCAAGUUGUGUGUUGAAAGCUAGUAAUUUUGCAGUGGCUUUGGUUUAUCACCAGCUGCAUGUAUUUUUUGUCCAAUUCUGAUUGGUUCAUUUGAUUGUCUUGUCGUUUGUGAUUGGCUAGAAAAUUCGCGCCACUUUAUCAACCAAUCAAUCAAACGCGUUUUCCCACGCUUUUCACCGGCUGCAUGUAUUUGUUUCGUUUGUGAUUAGCCAGAGUAACCACUUUGUGUUUCUUUAUCGCGAGACCCUCAAAAUCACUCAAAGGACACUCAAAUUUGCUAGGGGUUCUUGGGAAAAGUGGGGCGUAGAGCCCAGGGAAUGGUGCAAGAAAUAAUCAUUUAAAAAAUCGUAUGGAAUAAACAGUACUAUUCAAAUGUUCUGCCAAAAAGGUUUCAUCUGAAUGGUAAUACCACAGGAUUUCAUCCGGAGACUCAAAAGUUAGAACCACAUACUAAAUAAACCAUGUGAAAGUACUGUUAAAGAGGUUUCAUUUGAAUGGUCACACCAUAGGAUUUCAUCCACAGACUCAAAAGUUAGAACUACAUACUAAAUAAAUAGGACCAUGUGAAAGUACUGCAAAAGAGGUUUCAUUUGAAUGGUAACACCACAAUAUUUCGUCCACAGAUGUAACAGUUAGCACUGACCAGUAAUCUCGUUAUAGCGCAAAGGAGUGAAAAGGGUUUUAAAAAUUGUAUAUUUUGACAUUAAUAUGAAGCGUUUUUCUCUGUUUUAUAGGAUGGGUGCUGGACAUAUGAACUAUAUGGAAUUAGAUCAAUUGAUAAAGUUGAGAACAGGCGGUAUGGGGUUAUCAACACAUAUCACAACUCACCACAGUGACUUGAACGGGUUUGAACAAGGUCUUGAAUUUUCCUCCCACUGCCUUGACAGAAACCUCCCUCACAUGUUUUACUUGUGGUCGGAAAUAUUUGCCAGGUUUGUGUAGUUAAUUGUUUCCUUCUACUCGUCCUUUUACUUUCUUGGGCGAUUAUUGGUAGUGUGAUGGUGAAAACGCUAGUUUCAUGUUUCAAGUUUAUUGCUUGCACACAGUUAUUGAUGCAUUUACAGUUGUACUGACCUGCAGGUAAAAGCUAGGCAAAUCGCGGCAUGUCAGUCUCACAAGUUUCAUUUAUACGCUAUUUUGAUAUUGUGUUACGAGGAAAGUUUUGAAACGUUUUACAAAGGAUAGAAGAUCAAUAAAAGAAAACUCAUAAAAAGGACUAAAAAUAUUUUUGAACAAUUGAUUUCCCGGGACUGUACGCCAUCUGUUGGUUGAGUUUGUUGUUGGUUCUUGUCCUUGCUGCAGGAGGUUUUUCUUUAAGCUUCGAGCGUGAGAGACAAUGGAUUAAAAUUUUUAAGUUGCCUUUGCGAGUUAUUAUACAGCUACCAGUCUUGAAAAAAGGUAUGUACGCAUAUCUUGGCAGUAUUGGAGCCAUUAGUUAGUGAUCGACUUUUAACAUCAUUGCUUACAAAAAAAAACUCAGAAGUGACAAAGUUUUCAUCAUCCGAUUCCUCGUUAACCCUUUAAACCCUAAGAUCAAAAUUUGAAUUGUCAUUUGUUGCCCCUAUUCAGUUCCCACAGAAGCAGUGGGGAGAAGUUGAUAAAAUAUCAAACAAAUUCAUCUUGUGUGAUAAUAUCCGUAAUUCUCAUGACCACUCUGUUUUACAAAGCAUUGAUAUUACAUGGAGAAAUUUGAUGCUGAUCACUCUUAGGGCUUAAAGGGUUAAACGCUUGAACUUAACGCGCAAUUCCACCUCCAAAAACCCCAUACAGUUUUACGUUUGUGCUACAGUUUGCACAAGAAAACAAAUAAGCAAACAAACUUCAUAUUAACAUUUGUUCAUUUAUUGAUUGCAGACCUACACUAAACAACCCAGAUCUUUUGCGGACACUGGUAAACUUGUUAGCUUCCGACCUAGCAAUGUCUGUAAGUCAUUCUGGACACAUGUAUGCAAUGAUGCUGGCAUCAAGCUCUCUCUGUCCGGCUUCUGGUCUUGUUGAGCAGUUUGGAGGUCUCUCUCAGGUAAGGCUUAGAUACUGACGCAUUAGCGAGUGAGUCAAACUCUUUUAUCCAGUUAUAGAAAUUAUAUGGUGUGAGCAUUCAAUUAAAACUUUUUCAGCAGUACUUUCAAAUGGUAUUACUCUAUUUGACAGUAUUUUUUUUCGAUAUAACUUGCACGUUACAAGUGGUGAAUACAGCCUAGCUUUUAGACUGCAUGUUGAUCUAAGCAACUGCAAGUCAUUCUCAUUUAGUGUGGAAGGUUUCUUGGGCACAGAUAUGAUAUGAGAAUUCCGACAAAAAACGCUGUGCGGUGGAGAGUUCUUAACACACAACCGUGCGACACUUAUUUGCGUAUAUUCUGUUUUCAGGUCUUAUUUAUGAAGAACUUAGCUGAAAUGGAGGACUUGACGCCAGUUAUAGAGAAAUUCAGCACCAUUGCAGUACAAGUCCUGGAGGGAACACAAUUCAGGUGAAACAAAAAAAACAACAACUGCAAAAAUUUUUACAGGGGUGAGGAACACUGAGAACCUGUUAAUCAAUCGGGAAAUUCAACAAAUUUUCUUAACUGAGUGAGAAAAGGUUGCAUUUUUAUCCGGGCCUUAGGCUGAUUUUGAAACGCAACACUUUAUUAACAAGCAGCAACAGAUUUGGAAUAUUUUGAUACAGGCGUUCACUAGUAACUUCGAUGAACUGACCGAAAUACCUAGAAACCAACAAAAUUACGCCAAUGGUUUUGUAUCAUCAAUGUCAUCACCAUCAUUUUAAUAGGCUGAUUUCUCACCAUUUUUUACUGUAGAGCAUAUCCGUAUCCGAGUUCCCCCAAUGCAAGGCUAUUGUCUCUGGUUGGGGUUCAGUAAACACCAUUCUAUGCAUGAGCCAAACUGAAAUUAAUUUAUUAAGAGCAGAAAUGCUGGACAUUACUUUAACCGCGUUUAGGUGAUUAAAUUAAGAUUACUUUAGGCGAACUUUGCGGCGAACUUGAUGGGCGAAAUUGAUUUAUUUCUGUCGAAAUUAAACUAGCUGACGAUUAAGUUCAGUUUAUGAACAUUUCGGCUUUUAACCCAAACCGACCGUGUUAUUUUUCUCGUUCCGCCUUCUUUGCUGACUGAGUUUUUGUCGUAGGUGCGCUGUGAACACUACAGCUGAAGGCCGAGAGGCGGUAGAAACUGCUUUAGAAGGCUUCUGCGAUUCUCUACCCAGUAGCCUGUACGAAGAAUCAUCUCACGUAAAGGUAUAUUUCAGUUUAAACGCUGGCUUUCAAUAUGUGAUGACCUUAGUGUUGCAUUGCUACUUCGUGAAUGGGUAUCAAACCCUCGCGCCAGUUUGUCAACAUUUGAAGCUGCACCAACCUACACCCCCCCGUAAGUGGACACAUAGUUCGGUUUUAAAAAGUCUGAACUGGCCGGCCAGACCGUUCAUUUUGAAAAUGAAAUACCAGUCCUUUCCAGUAGGCAUGUCCCGAUUGCGCUGGAAAACUCGCCAAAAAGUGCUCAAAUAGAGCUCGAAUUUUUGAAAAAGUGCUUGAAAUUUCGAAAUAGUGCUUGAAAGUUUCUUGUAGUUUUUAAUUAUUUCCUAGCAGAAGUUCGUUAAUUUUCUUAGUUUUAUCAAAGCUUUAACCCUCGAUUUUCUAACAGGUGACCAAACUAGAAGUGAAACAUCAGUGCCAGUUUUUUUUUUCAAAAUCGACUGUUUUCAUAGUCGCGUGACGACACUAAAAACGACUGUGUAGCAGACUACUGUCUUCACGGUUAAAAGGAUAAUUGUGCAUUUUCAUGGCAACAGUCAGGCGACAAGGUGGAAUUAUUCAAAUUCAUGAUAAUAGAAUUACUUGGCUUACUCAAAACGUUUCGAAGACCAAAUAUUACAUUCAACAUAUGGAAUAUUGUAAAAAAAAAAGCGCUCACAGUAAAUGUUGCCUAAAAAGCGAAAAAAUGGUCAAAUUCUGCUCAAAAGUCAAGAAGUGCUCAAGAGUGCUGGAAAUGUAAAAUAGUGCUCCAAAUUCGAAAAAGUGCCGAAAAAGUGCCCAGCGCAAUCAGGACAUGCCUACUUUCUAGACAUUUUUUACUCAAACCCAUCACUGCCUUGCAUACUUUUCUUGAAUAAACUAGCCUGCGUAGCAAGCGUUUCCUUGCGAGGUUCGUCUAGAAAGCUACUCGACUGGAAACGCUUGCUACGCAGGCUAUGAAUAAACUGAUCUGGCUGGAUGGUCCUGAUUAAUAGUCAAAUUCUCUAAACGACUGGACUUGUCUGGCCGGACAAAUCUGACAAAUUGUAAGCACUGUAAUUUAUUGGAUGAGCUACAGUGUUAAUGUAUGUUCAUUAAAAUCUCUCUAGUUGGUUUUACAACCUCCGCCUUUAUCCGCUCACUUUUCUCGUGUGAUGAAGCAUAGAUGUAUAUAUUUGAAUCACUGCCCUCGCAAGGCAUGUUCAAAGUCAUUGUGUCCUACCCUCAGAAAUCACAUGACGUUGCAUUGCAUAAUAAUAUUUUUUUUAAAACAACCACCUUUUGACUUUAACCUUCAGAACCCAGACUUCAAGCCAACUGCUGCCAAGACCCAUUUUGAGGUGCCUUUCCCGGUGAAUUACAUCAGUAGAUGCCUUCCUACUGUACCAUAUACACAUGAGGACUUCCCUAAGUAAGUUUAUUGUCUGGUGUUUGGUGGGUUAUAAUCAUCUCCGACGACUCCAUGAUCUCAAUAGGACUUUUGCAGUAGUUGGUCAGAUGAUUAACUUCCUGUCAAAAACAGUUCUCUUUGAAAAAAUGAUGUAAGCAGGAGCUGAUAGAGCAUAUUCAAAUUAGAGUGUCUGUUACCAAAGCCACCGAACUGUUUUCAUGUUUACAGGAAGUUGAUCACGUGACCAACUAUUGGAAAAGGCCUAUUUCAUUUUGCAAAAUAUGAGAAAAACUAUUCUGUGCUAGAGUGCUGCUAUAGUUGUUUUGUUUGAAUGGUUCAGUACACCAUGCCAUCUUAUCAACAGGUGCAAUUAGUUGUUUCACAGUCAAUAUCUCAGUUGACUCUGGGAAUAGCAGGGUCAAACAAUAAGUCUAUCAAAACCCAGUUUUAUGUUUACUAACCUACAAGUAACCGCCACCUGGUUAGCUCUAUUGGAUAAGCCCCGGUCUGCUGAGCGAGAGGUCACGGGCUUAAACCCCGGCCGCACCAACACCCAGGGUCUUAAAAUUACUGAGGAGAAUGUGCUGCCUUUGUUGUGACAUCUACAAAUGGCUAGACAUUCUAGUCUACUCGGAUAAGGGCGAUAAACAGUAGGCCCCGUCUCACAGCUCUCUCACUGUUCUGAUUCUUGUGGGACGUAAAAGAACCCACACUGCUGUUCGUAAAGAGUAGGGGGCGUAGACCCCAGCGGUGUGGUACAACCUUUCAUGGGCUGGGUGCGUAAUGAAGGGGUUGAUAUCAAUUGAGACGCAAGACCUGUUUCAUCUCCUGUCAUCGUGUUGAGUCACCGUGGCGAAUUCAAUAAAGUAAUGUAAGUACAGUUAAACCUUGACGCGGACACAAAGUGGACGGAGCACUCAACGGAUGAUCUUUAGAUUUAAGGAUUGUAAGAAGUUUGGUUUCUUUAGGAACAAGAGAGCUCUCCGUAGUAGAGAGAAGUGUUCGUUUGGAGAGGUUCGACUAUAUAACUGUAUUGCAGAAUUCUUUUUCCUUGAUUACUUUCAAGUGAUAUGUUUUGUUUUCGUUUUCUGUGUUUGCUUUUAUUAAUUUAUAGUUCUUUUAAUGGUCUCUUUCAGAUUAAGAAUCCUGGCUAAAAUGCUUUCGGCAAAUUUUCUGCACCGCGAAAUAAGGUAUUUUAGAAACGCGGUCAUUUAAAACAACAGAGCUUUUAGAAUAUAUCUCUUGAAGUUGUUUUACUUUUUAGCUUCUAUCGCGAUCCAAAAUAUUCGUUGACUGCCUAUUAAACCAACGCAGCAACCUCUAUAAUAAGCUACCAUGAAUUAUUUCACUGGAGGUAUGAUCAGUCUCUUAACGGGACUCCGUCACGGCAGUUUAGUCAGUUUAGUCAGCUCAGUUUUCCCUGUCACUCGAUAUGAAACUUAACUUAAUAAAGAAAUAACUUGUAAGACAAAUAUGCCUUCCGAGUGCGAGUGUUGCAAUUCAAGGUUACAAAAACAGAGUUAAACUUUCUGAACCUAUCAAGCUGACUAUUUUUUAAAAAUCCAAACUGUUUAGAGGACCGCACGUUUAUCAGCUUCCUGCUUUGUAUCGGGCGUUUUAACUAACCAUUUCACUUGCUUUCUAGAGAAAAAGGUGGAGCUUAUGGCAGUGGGGCGAAAAUUGGUGGUGGGAUAUUCUCCUUCUAUUCUUACAGGUAACAAUCAGCGUGUUAUCCCCUUAUGACCAAGCUUGCUCGGUAAGGAUGGAUGGAUGUUACCCGCGAUUUGCUGAAGACGAAAAAAAUCGAUACCCAGCCAUCUUGACCUAACAGGCUUAGUCAUUAAUGAAUUUAUUAUAUCUCCAUAAGAAAAUGUUUUCUUGACCAAGGGGGAAAUCUAAAUCUCGAGAGUCCCUGAAAAGCACAUCUCGCCCGCUCGAGUACCGAAUCAAAACAUUCGCUUCAUUUCAAUCAACCGCUUGCAGAGCCGGGCAUUUAGUAAUUUUCCUUUUUUGAACCUCUUAUAGAACCGUUUGUGCCAGUGAAAAUACCCUAAAAGUCUCCUGUUGUUGGUAAAUAGCAGUGCAUGAAAUGUGUCGUCUGAACAGGUAGAAAGAAAUUGGCCAAGGGUUAAUCAUUACUCUUUAAAUAAACGUUGGAAUUUGUCAUUAGAGAUCUUUUACGCUGGACUGUUACAAUUUAAACUAACUUCUUUACUGAGACGAAAGAGAUGUAACACCCCACGUUUAGGGUCGGGGUGUUGUCUCCAAUGCUUGCCCUCUGCAUAACACCUUUGCAUCAAACUUGGUAUCAAACCUCGCACUUUUCUUCGUAGAUAUUAGGUUAAAUCUCGCAUGGGAAGACUUGAAUUUCAAUUUACUUUUGCCAGGGAUCCUAACUUUGAAGAAACUUUAUCGGCGUUUGAACACUCCGUCCAGUGGGCGGCUGAGGGAAAGUUUACGGAACAAGACAUCGAGGAAGCUAAGAUUUCUGUGUUGGCGCAAGUAAGUUAGGCGUAUACUGCAUUUGCAUAACUAUUCCUUGGGUACUUACCAUUUACAUGGGGAAACCGGAAAUUCCAGUUGGAAAAUUGAAUGGUUCAUGCCAUUUUGUUUGUGAAGCUUCAGAAAAUAUGGGCUGUGAUUUGAGGCGAAGCUGAUUUGGAUAUACUUUGUAGAAGGUCCCAUCACGUCAAAUUUUAUUUUUUUAUGUUUUUUUUAUGCACAAUUACUAAGCACCCCUGUUUUCUUGUAUAAAAUGCUGAGUAGCUCGCCGAAUCCAGUUCAGUACAAGUAACGAAAACGCUCGUGGCCUCAAGAUUUUAGUAACCUGUCACGAGUAAAACGGUAAGUCACCACCGUCUGGACAAAGCCAAAAAUGGCGUCAAAUGUUUUUCUGUGGUAGAUCUUGUUUCUGGUCGUUAUUUACGUAUUUAUGACUGAUCGUACCUCUUUGUUACCGCUUGUAAGGUUCGGUCAACAAGCGCAAAGCUUUACUUUAACACAAAAUCUCUUUUGAACUCCAUGCUACUGAUAUCGCUCCUUUAAGUGGUCAGCUGUGGUUUGCAGAUCUUAUUUUUUCGUUGAUCUCCAUACAGAGAAGUUAAAAAAUGUUACGUCCACUUGCGAGUUGGCAGAGGGAAAGUGGAGAGGUUCGGGGGGGGUAGGGGGAGGAAUUCCAAGUAAAUGCAAGUGAAUGGCGAUCUCAUACACAGACAUUUCCUUUUGAUAAGAGCUCCAGUAACUGAACAGUCGUUGCCUGUUUUUCUCUUUCUUCUUUUUAGAUUGACCGGCCAGUAUCUCCUAGUAACCGAGGUAUGCUAUACUUCACUCAAGGCGUGACAGAUGACAUGCGGCAGAAGCAAAAAGACCAGCUUUUUGGUGUAACCAGGGAAGACCUUAUUCACGUAGCACGCACGUGAGUAUCGUUUGUUUUCGAAACGCUCGCUGGCACCAGUCUUUUUCUUACUUCGUCUUCUUCCCAUUCUUUGCUUGUGAUUUGCGGAUCUCUAAGGGCGCCAUUGAUAAUACUGAACAAUUGCUUAUUAGAUGAGCCCGCCUUUUUGGUGCACUAUUUCUGCCAUCUAUCGGAAGUUUGACUUCUCUUGCACAUGACAAAUUUAUUAUCUGCUUAGGUACCUAGCCUCCUCAGAUAUCCCGAACUCGAUUGCGGUGCUGGGGCCUGGAAACAAAAUAACAGCCAGAGACAGCUCAUGGACAAUAAGAAGAGAGAGCCUAACAUGAAAUCAUUGCUCCAGUGUUAAAGCCAUGCUGCCCGGGCUGACGGGAUUACAAGCGGAUCUCAGUGUGCAGGGUCCAGUUAUCCAUUAAUGCUAUUUCGUGGAUAAAUCUCUAUCCAGUGGAUAACACAGUUGACUUUGUUACCGCCUCUCCACAGCAUAGUAAUUUGUCAGGCCCCAGUUGUUCAAAACGAAAGGAGAAUAACGUUAUAUAUCUACUGGAUAAAUCUCUAUCCACAAGAUAACACUAUUGGUUUCCUUAAUACUUAUCCGUUAAAUAGUGAUUUAUCCGAUAUAUGGGGCUAUUCAACGCUUGAACAAACGGGGCCUUGCCUGGUGAAUAGCGUCGUCUAUCUUUUAAAGGACCGGGGCCAGACCAUUUAAGGUCAUUGUCUAACGAUUUCAGCAGUGUUUGAAGGCUUUCUUCUAGAACAAAACUGCGUCGACAACUUAGGGAUAGACUGUCAAGCUACAUCUUAUGCAAAAAGCAUAACAUGGCAAAAAAAAAACUACUCAUUUUAACCCGGUUUUAAUUUUGCAAGGUUACUUGAGCCCUAUAUAAAGACUAGUCUCGCAGCUUGACUUUGUGCCACUGACUACUAUUUUAACCCAGUUUCAACAGAGCGUGCUUUAUGGGUGGUGUGACGCAUGGUUCAACUUUUAAGAAUCAGAACUGCCUGCUCCUUGUUUCACGCAACGAAUAGUGAUUUCACCCCCAACUAAUAUGCUUGCAAUGGAAAAGCAAUGUUAUUGAACGACACGCAGUCGACCACCAUUUCCGGGUUUUCUUUGAUUGCAAUGUGUUUUUAGGGUUUUAAAACAACGUAGACAAAUUGUGGCAGAACUCCUUUAAUCAUCCUUGAACGGUGUAGAAGGAGGAUUCUUUGUAGGAAUACGGUUGCCUUAAAGCACCUCCCACCACGGUAUAUGCUGUUAAAGGCAGUAGUAAUAUACAGGUGCUUAGCCAGUCCAUAGACUUGUAGGCCCGGGCUUGCAAAUGUUUGGUUUGAUCACUGUAUCGCUUGUAAUAAAUUAUGCGUUGUUAGGGUGAGGUAAAAAGCUUAAGAGCUCAAAGUGUUGGUGAGGUCAGUGCGUGCUAGUCAUAAGUGCAAUUUUCGGGAUAUGUGGAAAUGAAAGUCAGCCAGGCCUACAACUAGUCGAAAAGCCGGCUACGCCCCUGCUAUAGUCUACGCGGACACCGGUCUGGAUUCCCGGUUACCGGAAGUUGGAAAAUUUCAAGCACUUCUAAGAGUAAAGUAAGGCAAAAAAAUUGAUAAACGCUAACUGUUGACGCAUAUAAAGAAUUUCAGAAAUACUCAUUCUAGGUGCCGUUCGCUUGUUACCUUUUAGUUAAAACAACUAUUGAAGAUAAACUCUAGCCAAUACUAAUUUUGUUUUACUCUGUCCUGUCCAAUUUGCAUUUUGCCCUUUUUCAUAAAA